CACCAACAUAUCCAACGCAAUGAUACGCCCGAAUCUUGAGCCAUGGCGGCACGCGAAUCGCCUCCAUCUUCAACUGCCGGUGCCCCUAGGAAUGAACCUACGACCGCACGCCGCGCAUGCGAUUCCUGCUAUGCUCUCAAGGAGAAAUGCUUCUACCCGGAUGCCACCUCCGACUGCCACCGCUGCUGUAGGCUGAAGAAGAAGUGUACAGACGAUCGACCUAUGCGCCAAUCAGGCCGUCCGCGAAGAAAUCGACCAGUCCAACGUGGCAUCUGCAAGCGAGCUACAGCGAUAGCAGCCAAGCCUUCCCCGAUGCUGCCCCCUUUUGGACUUCUCUCCGCACGGCUCGAUCCCGCGGACGAGUACUUGCUCGUCAAUUACAUGGAGCCGCAGGAUGUCGGUGAUCUUAUGGUCGCGCCGAGAAUUGGAGAGGAAAUGUUUCACCAAGCCGUCCAAUGUCUGCUUACAAAUUACGAUGACCUUCGAGACGGCUUCCUCUCACUCUAUGGCUCGUACCUGACUGCUCUUGGGGUUGAAGUGCCUGGCUACACGUACGAGAAGAACAUUCGCCAGGGAACCUGUGCUCUUGCCAAAUUCAGCUCAUGGCAGCUACCGCAAGACCAUCAAGCUUUUGUGCCGUGGCUCUGGCUGGGUGUGAUGAUCUUACUCCAUGGCCAUUGUGUACUUGGCUCGAACAAUGCACCUGUGAGGCGGUACAUAUUGACACACUUGAAGCAGCUCGGCGCGAGUGCUAAAAAUCUGAUUAUGCAUCCUGUGGUCGUUUCACAAAUCGCCCUCGACAUACAAGACAGUCUCAUGCUAGGGCAAGUACCCAUACUCAACAUGCCCGAGCGUUUCGAACAACCGUUUCGAUAUGAAAUCUUGGCGGGGUUGUGCCCAGAAAUUUUCCGCUUUCUACAUGAGCUAUGUGGGAUUCUGGCAUCGAGAAGUGCUUCUAUUGAUGCGACGGGGGUCGUGGAAGCUCGUUCAUCAAACCUUCUGACGAGGAUCGAAGCGUGGCACCCUCCUCUCUCGCCGGAAGUUCUGGGCGAGCUUACUUCGACGGAAGCAAUUCAUAUCCAGACACAAGUUCGUGUGUACAAAACUGCCAUCAAGCUCUUCAUUCAUCGCCUGCGCCACCCGUUUGGCGAAGAUGAUGAAACGGCACAUGCUAUAGCACUAAGCAUCUUUGCGGAUCUUGAUCUUGCGACGGCAUUGUCAGGCGAACCUCCGAGUCUCGUCACAUUGCCUUUCCUCAUUGCAGCAAUAGAGACAUGGCCGGCUGACCGCGAGCGAAUCAAUCGCGACAUCUCGGUCUACGUGGAUGGCAUAACGCCUGUGGUCCACGCUCGUAAUGAAGAUUUCUUGAACGUCAUAUGGCGCCGCAGAGACUCUGGCCAAUCUUUCAAGUGGAUCGACAUCAUGGACGAGCUGCCAGAGCUGGGCAUCAAUCGAGUGGGUGGCAAGAAAAAAGCUCGCGCGGGAGGGAAGAUCGUUCAAGAACAGGACACUUUGCCAGCUGGCUGAAGGACCCGACAAUGACGUUACUUCAUCUUUGUCUCCGGAUUUGAUGGGCAGAACAUUCUCGUGGUCGGUCACGAAUACUCUGGGCUUGAUGCGAUCUCACGCUCGACGCGCUCCUACGUCUGUGCACGUGCCAGGGGUGUCUCCACCGGAUGGGCAAACCCUCCGGUUCCGGUCACGUGCCAUGGGAAGUGGUCCUUCAACAGGAAGAAGGGCAUGUUUAAAUAGCUCAACUUGUCCAAGGCGAGCCUGUUCGAGGUCCCAAAACCAGUCCGCGAACACCAUAAACACUUCAGCGAUGUCCACAAGCGCCGGCGGUAUCGAGUACAAUCCAGACCUCAAAGGACCCGAUCAUUUUCCAGUCCUAUGCUGGGGUCAUAACAGUAUAUCUCGCCUUCCAUGUACUUCCUCCAGCACGAAUGCAAGACCUGACGUACCGAACAGAGCUUCCAAAGCAGAAAGGCCAGAUCACGUAUACUCUUGGACGAAACCAACAUCGUCCUACUUUCGCUUUAUGGAAUCAUGGCAUCGUCGCUGGCCUUCGGAAUACGAUUAGACGAAGCAGUGGACAAGCACUCUAUGUCAUCCCGCCGUUUCUUGCAGCAUGGGCGGCAAUGACCUGGGCUGAGGAGAGGUGAGAUCAACAACCUCUCUGUUAGAGGUUUCAAUCGAGUCGCUGCUGAACUACCACGUCAUCAGGAGUCGGUACUUGAAUUCGAAGAAAGGGCGAGCAGAGUAUGAUAACGAAGGCUAGAGCCGCUCAGCUUGUUUUGAAACGCGGUGAGCGAUGAUUUGAAGUACACGAUUCAUCAGCAGGCGACAUUUUCGAUUCGACUAAGCACCGAGAACGGAAACUGUAGCGCGCGAGGGCGCCACUUCUACUUCAAGCGAAACCAAACCACCGGAAUUGUUCUCAGCUGUCGCGUCUGUUGUACGAU